GUGGUUCGACAUUCAUGUCAGUUUCAGGACACCUCACUAUUCUCAUCUUCACAGAGCAACUGCAGUUGAAUAGGCGACCAAGCUACUCACACUUUUCUCUCUAAUCUCCACGAUGGCAACAGAGAGCGAUAGGCAGCAAUUUGCACAGUAUGUGCUGGACAUCUCGCAAGUACAACGGAAUCACGUGGCCGACAGAGUUGAACAGCUUGCCAAACAUGAAAGCCUCGGAUGGUACUACUUUAUCGGAUGCGUAGGGUUCUCGACGGCAAGCGUGCUUGCAGCGUUCAAGCUUUGGGGUCCGCGCCACAUUUUCAAAAAUAGCAUGUAUUACGCGAGGCCUUUGCCACCCGCCAUUAGCAUGGGAAUUGUUCUUUAUGGCAUUAUGUAUACAUGCCGCGGCAUGUUGAUACGAAAUCGCAUUUGUAUUAUGAUAGAAGAUUACGAAUAUGAACUGAAGCGAGUUAAGGCACACCAUUGCGAAGAAGGGGUGACGCAGUUAGCGUGGCUAGAGUUUGUGCUGGACCAGCUGAAGCAGGGCUCUGAAGAGAGGUUCGAUUUUGAAAAACUUCGUACCGCACCAACUAUCCGGUAG